GCUGGCGCGCGCUACGCGUUGAGGCAUUUUGUCCCCAGCGCCGAGCCGUCUCUCCGCCCCCGCCGCUGCCAUGGCGGCAGCUCCGCCGCUUUCCAAGGCCGAGUAUCUGAAGCGUUAUUUGUCCGGGGCAGAUGCCGGCGUCGACCGGGGGCCUGAGUCCGGCCGCAAGCGCCGCAAAAAGCGGCCGAAGCCUGGUGGGGCCGGCGGCAAGGGAAUGCGGAUUGUGGAUGAUGAUGUGAGCUGGACAGCUAUCUCCACAACUAAACCAGAAAAGGAGGAAGAGGAAGAUGAUGGAGAUUUGCCUGUGGUGGCAGAGUUUGUGGAUGAGCGACCAGAAGAGGUGAAGCAGAUGGAGGCCUUUCGUUCCAGUGCCAAAUGGAAGCUUCUGGGAGGCCACAAUGAAGACCUACCCUCACAUGGGCAUUUUCGUCAUGAUACCCCAGAUUCAUCUCCUAGGAGAGUCCAUCAUGAUACCCCGAAUUCGUCUCCUAGGAGGGCCCGUCAUGACUCCCCAGAUUCUUCUCUCCUCAGAGGAGCUUGUCAUGACUCAGACACAUCUCCCAGGAGGAUCCGUCAUGACACCUCAGACACUUCACCCCCAAGGAGGGCCCGUCAUGAUUCUCCCGAUCCUUCUCCCCCCAGGAAGCCCCAGCAUAAUUCUUCAGGUGCAUCUCCUAGGAGAGUCCGUCAUGAUUCACCAGAUCCCUCUCCUCCUAGGCGAGCCCGUCAUGAUUCACCAGAUCCCUCUCCUCCUAGGCGAGCCCGUCAUGAUUCACCAGAUCCCUCUCCUCCUAGGCGAGCCCGUCAUGAUUCACCAGAUCCCUCUCCUCCUAGGCGAGCCCGUCAUGAUUCACCAGAUCCCUCUCCUCCUAGGCGAGCCCGUCAUGAUUCACCAGAUCCCUCUCCUAGGCGAGCCCAUCAUGAUUUCUCAGAUACCUCUCCCCUCAGAAGGGCCCAUAACAACUCCCCUAACACAUCUCAACCUAGGAGGACUCUUGCCUCUUCAAACAUGCAGCAACUCAGAAGGGCUCGUCAUGACUCCCCUGAUUUGGCUCCUAAUGUCACUCAUUCCCUGCCCAGAACCAAAAGUAGUAAAGCCCCAGAAAGAGCCUCUAGCAAGACUUCUUCACAUUGGAAGGAGUCAGGAGCCUCUCAUUCGACACUCCCAAAGAACAGCAAAUAUGAGUAUGACUCUGACCUCUCUCCUCCACGAAAAAAGCAAGCAAAAUCUCAUUUUGGAGAUAAGCAGCAGCUUGAUUACAAAGGUGACUGCCAGAAAGCAACUGAUUCAGACUGUUCUUCUCCAUGGCGUAAACAAAGUACAGGGCACCAGGAUUCUGAUUCAGAUCUGUCACCUCCACGGAAUAGACCUAGGCACCGGAGCUCUGAUUCUGACCUCUCUCCACCAAGGAGGAGACAGAGGACCAAAUCUUCUGAUUCUGACCUGUCCCCACCUCGAAGGAGUCAGCCUCCUGGAAAGAAGGCUGCAUACAUGUAUUCUGGGGCUAAAACUGGGUUGGUGUUAACUGACAUACAGCGAGAGCAGCAGGAGCUCAAGAAACAGGACCAAGAAACCAUGGCAUUUGAAGCUGAAUUUCAAUAUGCUGAAACUGUAUUUCGAGAUAAGUCUGGUCGUAAGAGGAAUUUGAAACUCGAACGUUUAGAGCAAAGGAGGAAAGCAGAAAAGGACUCAGAGAGAGAUGAGCUGUAUGCCCAGUGGGGAAAAGGGCUUGCCCAGAGCCGGCAACAGCAACAGAAUGUGGAGGAUGCAAUGAAAGAGAUGCAAAAGCCUCUGGCCCGCUAUAUUGAUGAUGAAGACCUGGAUAGGAUGCUAAGAGAACAAGAAAGAGAGGGGGACCCCAUGGCUAACUUCAUUAAGAAGAAUAAGGCCAAGGAGAACAAGAAUAAGAAAGUGAGACCUCACUACAGUGGUCCAGCACCUCCUCCCAACAGAUUUAAUAUCUGGCCUGGAUAUCGCUGGGACGGAGUGGACAGAAUUUCGCUCAUCACUAAGCUGAAGUGUAGCGGCAUGAUCUUGGCUCACUGCAACUUCUACCUACUGGGUUCAAGCCAUUGUUCUGCCUCAGCCUCCCGAGUAGCUAAGAUUACAGAUCCAAUGGAUUUGAACAGAAGCGCUUUGCCAGGCUUGCCAGCAAGAAAGCAGUGGAGGAACUUGCCUACAAAUGGAGUGUUGAGGAUAUGUAACUUUCCUGAGGCUAUGGGGGUGGCAGGGCUUUGGUAGUGGACAUAGGCAGUGAGAUAUCUAGAGGUAACAGUUAUCUGUGCUAAUAAUUGGAGCCCACACAGACCAGAAACUUCUUGAAUGCCAGUUUUGACCACAGAAGAAUAUUUGAGACCUGAUAUUUGGACUGAGGUACCUGUUCUUCCUGGGGGUGACAGCACUGGCUGAUGCUGGCUUUCAGAAGAAGCAUUGAUUUCUCAGUGUACCAGGGUUUGUUCUUGGUUAAGGUUUUUCUUUCUUUCUUUUUUUUUUUUUUAAAUAAACAUACAUUUAUUUUUUUAAAAUUA